AUCAAAAUUGCUUAUUACUACGCAAUUUAGAAGGAACACAGGUGGUAAUGGUAUUCCUAGAGGGGAGGAACAAGUGAGGAGAAAGAGGAAGAGACUACAGAAGCCGCUUAGAGACGGCCACAUAAACCAUCCUCCUCAUCACCUCAGCCGGCUACCCUCUCAAAAAAACUAGUGAAUACUUUUCUCGUCUUCUCUUAUCAUUCCUUAAAAGCUAGCCCUUCUCAUUGGAUGACCUAGUCAUAUCUCUAAUCUCUCUCCCCCGGUCCCCAAAUCACACUUUCAACAGUUUGCACUCUUUCUUACUUUUUAAGGUUAAUGGCUAAAAGGUCUGUGAAGAACACUGCAAAUGCCAAUAACCCCGCCACGACUAAGGCAAAGCGGACGCGCAAAAGCAUCCCUCGUGACUCUCCUCCACAGCGUAGCUCCAUUUACCGGGGUGUCACAAGGCAUCGGUGGACGGGUCGUUAUGAGGCUCAUUUGUGGGAUAAAAAUUGCUGGAAUGAGUCACAGAACAAGAAAGGAAGACAAGUAUAUCUAGGGGCAUAUGGUGAUGAAGAAGUUGCAGCACAUGCAUAUGACUUAGCAGCACUGAAGUACUGGGGACAUGACACCAUCCUCAAUUUUCAGCUAUCAACUUAUGAAGAAGAACUCAAAGAAAUGGAGAGUCAGUCGAAAGAAGAAUAUAUUGGGUGUUUGAGAAGAAAAAGUAGUGGAUUUUCCCGUGGCGUUUCAAAGUAUAGAGGCGUAGCAAGACACCAUCAUAAUGGAAGAUGGGAAGCUCGUAUUGGCAGAGUCUUCGGCAACAAAUAUCUCUACCUCGGAACUUACGCUACUCAAGAAGAAGCAGCCACGGCAUAUGACAUGGCAGCCAUAGAGUACCGCGGACUUAACGCCGUUACAAACUUUGACCUUAGCCGUUACAUCAAGUGGCUACGUCCAAAUAAUAACCAAAAUAACCCUAACAAUCAUGAACCAAAUUCGAACGAUGACCUUAGUCCAAUAAUAAUACCAAAUCCAAACAAUGAGCUUGGACUAAGCUUUAUAUCCCAGCAGGCCAGCUCAAGUGCUAGUGACACACCCCAAGCUCCACCACCAACUAGGCCCGGCGGCGGUGUCGCCUCGGCUUCUUCGUCCGCGUUAGGGCUCCUGAUGCAAUCCUCCAAGUUCAAGGAAAUGAUGGAGAGGACAUCAGUGAUUGAUAAUCCGUCAAGCCCUCAAGAGUCAGACCCACCACGUCGAACCUUUCCGGACGAUAUUCAAACCUACUUUGAUUGCCAGGACUCCGGUAGUUAUACUGAGGGUGAUGACAUUAUAUUUGGGGACAUAAACUCAUUUGCUACACCAAUUUUUCAUUAUGAACUUGAACCUUAAAUACCAAGGUAAGGGCGAAAGAGAGAGACACUAAAGAUAUUUUUCCCCCCAAAUGUUUCUCUUCUUUCUUUUGAAUAUGGAGACGAGUUUGGUAAUUGUUGUUAUUAGUUCAUUUACAUGUAGAUGCAUAAAGAAAUAGACAUUGAUUUAUCAAAUGUUUCUUCUAAAUAAGACAUUUGCAUGCAAGUGCGCCUCAAUUUC